UUUUUUUUUUUUUUUUUUUUUUUGGUUCUUUUUUUCGGAGCUGGGGACCGAACCCAGGGCCUUGUGCUUCCUAGGUAAGCGCUCUACCACUGAGCUAAAUCCUCAGCCCCCCUUUUUUUUUUUUUUUUUUUUAAGAUUUAUUUAUUAUCUUUAAGUACACUGUAUUAUCAGACACACCAGAAGAGGGCAUCAGAUCUCAUUACAGAUGGUUGUGAGCCACCGUGUGGUUGCUGGGAUUUGAACUCAUGUCCUCUGGAAGAGCAGUCAGUGCUCUUAACCGCUGAGCCCUCUCUCCAACCCUCCAGGCUGGUCUUAAAUUCAGGAUGACCCUUGGACUUGUGAUACUUCUGUCUCUAAGAUUUUAUUUUAUUGUAUAUGAGUAUACUGUAGCUGCCUUCAGACACACCAGAAGAGGGCAUCAGAUCUCAUUACAGAUGGUUGUGAGCCACCAUGUGGUUGCUGGGAUUUGAACUCAGGACCUCAGGAAGAGCAGUCGGUGCUCUUAACCACUGAGCCAUCUCUCCAGCCCCCGAUACUUCUGUCUCUAACUCCUUAAUGCUUGUGCUGCUGUACUUGAUUAAUGAGUGUUGGGGACUGAACCCAGGGCUUCUUGGCAUUCUAUGCAUACACUCUACUUGGAUUUUUAGCAAUUCCUUUGGUUGGAAUUGCUAAAAUUGGCUCUUAGGUAGAGCCAGGAUGAGGAUGGAGGUGGAUGGUUUUGAAUGUCAUCUGAGAGGUGGCAGUGCAGAAUGAGAUUUGGUUUCCAGUCCCAUUAGCUGGGAAGACAGGGAGAUGUUAUUCUUACCAUCUCAUCCAUCCCAAUCUCUGCUCCAUCCAGGGCUCCUGGCAUAGGCCUGUUAGGCACACAGACCCAUGUGAGCUGUUUUUGUUUCUUUAGAAGGAGAUUCCAGGCCAAUUGCCAGGCUUCUCGCACUCUUGUAGCUAUGGCAACCACACAUUAUACAUUCUCAAGCCUCCAAUGCUCCUUUGCACAGGCUCCCCACGUUAUAUUUGAUGUUCCUAGACUGGAAGAUAAGGCUGCACAGGCCAUGGCCACCUCCAAGAGAGUCUGAGACCAUUGUCUAAGGCGGAAACAAGGAAUCUGCAUUUGAUUGGAGGGAGACUGAUGGCUGCUGCCCUUCCAUGAUCACGUUCCCUGUAGUGUAAAGCUGCGGUUGCCAGUUAACUGCCUCCUUUGUGGGCCGUGGAGGCCAGCUCCAAACCACCUGCUGAGGAUCCUGCUUAACACACCUCCCUCCCAGAGCUGUCCUCUUCAAGUCCUGCUUUCCGGUGACCUUAAAACAGAACACCUGAGUGCUCUCUGUCUUGGACUCUACCCAGUGGAAUUGGAAAUUGGUUUCCUUUGAGACGGUUUCAGGUCCCAUAGAGUACGGGUUAGCUGACGGCUUCUUCCAUUGUGACUCCCUCUUCACGGUGUCCUGCCCUGUGGGCUUCAGAGCCAUGGCCACGGAGGAGAAGAAACCAGAGACAGAGGCUGCAAGAGCACAGCCCACUCCUUCCUCAUCAGCCACACAGAGCAAGCCUACACCUGUUAAGCCAAACUAUGCCCUGAAGUUCACCCUGGCUGGCCACACAAAAGCUGUGUCCUCUGUGAAGUUCAGCCCCAAUGGGGAGUGGCUGGCAAGUUCCUCUGCUGAUAAACUCAUUAAAAUUUGGGGAGCAUAUGAUGGAAAGUUUGAGAAAACUAUAUCUGGUCACAAACUGGGAAUAUCUGAUGUAGCCUGGUCAUCAGAUUCUAACCUCCUUGUGUCUGCCUCUGAUGAUAAAACUUUGAAGAUUUGGGACGUGAGUUCCGGAAAGUGUCUGAAGACCCUAAAGGGCCACAGUAACUAUGUCUUCUGCUGCAACUUCAACCCCCAGUCCAACCUCAUCGUCUCAGGGUCUUUUGAUGAAAGUGUGAGGAUAUGGGAUGUGAAGACAGGGAAGUGCCUCAAGACUUUGCCUGCCCAUUCGGAUCCAGUCUCAGCCGUUCAUUUCAAUCGUGAUGGAUCCUUGAUCGUUUCCAGUAGCUAUGAUGGCCUCUGCCGAAUCUGGGACACUGCCUCUGGCCAAUGUCUGAAGACGCUCAUUGAUGACGACAAUCCUCCGGUGUCCUUCGUGAAGUUCUCUCCAAAUGGCAAGUACAUCCUGGCUGCAACUUUGGACAACACACUGAAGCUCUGGGACUACAGCAAAGGGAAGUGCCUGAAGACAUACACCGGCCACAAGAAUGAGAAGUACUGCAUAUUUGCCAACUUCUCCGUGACAGGUGGGAAGUGGAUCGUGUCUGGCUCUGAAGAUAACCUGGUAUAUAUCUGGAAUCUGCAGACCAAGGAGAUCGUACAGAAGUUGCAGGGUCAUACAGAUGUCGUGAUCUCCACGGCCUGUCACCCAACAGAGAACAUCAUUGCCUCAGCAGCGUUAGAGAAUGACAAAACAAUCAAACUGUGGAAGAGUGACUGCUAAGCCCUGGCUCCAUGGGAGACUUCAGGAAGCCACCCAGAUUGGCAAGAAACACAUGUGGGGCAGAGGCGUGGGGCCAGGUUGGGUUGACAGGCUUGGUGCACCUCCUCUCUGAAGAUGUCGGGCCAGGGGCGUGCAUAUAUACCACCGAGUCUUGAUAGCCACUGUGAUAUUUCUUGCCAAUUCUGUCUCUGCCUGGGGAAGUUCCUGGUCUGUUCUGUGUGCUCAGAGGCAACAAAUUUUUUAAUUUUUUAUUACAAGAGUGAGUCCAACUCCUCAUGGGUUGUUUUUCUCUGUAAUUGUUGUUUUGGUAUUGUAUUGCCCAGUGCACACACUGGAACAGGACCUACAGCCCUACUCCCAUUCCCUGCCUCCAGCCUUGGCCUGCUUGUUCAAGUUCCCUACCUGUAAUAGUACCCAGUGUGCUUCCAUGAGUUUCUGGAAACACAGAAAGGUUGUAAGUUGUAUCUGUGUCAAGUCCCUUUGUUUUUUUGGAGUUCAUAGGUCAACACUGACCUCUCAGUGGUUGCAGUGUCCCCUUGUCUCACUGGUAUCACUCAGUAAAGCCACACACUGUAAUAAAAGGUGGGUAUGGACUGGGUGUGGCCCUGAGUUCUGACAGAGCUCUUCACAUCUGGGCUUUAGAACAUACCCCCUCCCUGCAGGAGUUGGAAAAGUCUCUGGGAGGUGGGUUCUGCUGGGCCUCCUCUUCCCAGUGGCUGUGUUGGCACUAAGUGUUUCGAGAGGAAGAACCUCAGUUGAGAGAGUGGAAGGAAGGAAGUCUUGGAAAGGCACCAUGUAGUGAGGUUCUGGACCCUCUUUAUCUCUGAAUGAGGCUCAGGGUCACCUGUGCAGGAGGGAGAAGUUCAAUUUGGUGCUUGCCUCAGCAGAUACAGCCUCCUGCCUUGGCCUCUGAAUCCACCAAACCUCUCUUAGCCCUUGCUCCAAAUGGAUCCUCAGGUGACCAGGCUAGAAAGAGAUAAUGGCCAAGCUAGAACUGCACAGCAUUUUCACAACUGCUUCUGGCCAAACCCAGGUGGCCUGACACGAAGCAGACUGCAGAGGGUCUGAGUCCAGAUGGGUGGGCAAGGCUGCUGGGCACAGGCACAGGCAGAAAGGAGAUUCUGGGUUUGCUCUGGUUGUGGCAGCUUGCGAGGUCAAUACUGAUACGUAUUGAAGCCAGGUUGCCCUGGUCAGUAGCUGCUCUACUCUGCCUUUGCUGAGACCUGUCCCCAGCUGUGGUCCUCUUGGCCCUUCCUCCGCUCCAUCGUGGCACAAUUAAGAAUCCAAAGGUGUUGGAAAAGGACCCCCACACACAUACAUACCAGUACAUUGUCUCUUCCUUGAGGGAGGUGAUGUGCACAUGGACUGUCACAUUGAAGAAGCCAUUGUAAUAGGGUGGCUUGUCACACUGACGUGGGUUCUGUGGCCCCUGGCAUCUAUGGGUAGAUGUGCCUGGGUUCUGGUCAAUGUUGUGGGCAGGUUGCUGGGGUUUCUGGAGGGGUGGUGAGGUCUUUCCAGCUGUGGCCCGGUGUGCGGCCCCUCCUGAGGGAGGGAGCUUGCUUGCCAUGUUGAGCGCAGUAUCCCCAAGUAUAGUUUAUUUUUUCUACAGUUGAACUCUGUUGUAGAUUUAUGUAAAAAUACAUUCUCUUUUUAAAAAUAAAGAUUUUCAUGUCUUGUAA